UCCCUUAACUUAUACCCCCCCCCUCCCCAAAACGCAAUUUUCCCAAAAUUAAAACUUUAUUCAGUGUUUUGUUUCUCAUAAUAUUCUAAAUACAGUGAUAUGUUUUUAAAAAAUGUCUUUUUUCCUUAAGGCAUCUUUUUUGGUCAGGUUGUUCAGCCUGCGGUAAUCCACCACCAUCCGCAGAUCUCCAUUUUUCUUUCUGACAAGAACAACUGGAGAGGCGUAGGGGCUCUGUGAUUCCUCUAUGAUGCCUGUUGCUAAGAGGUCCUGAAGAUGCCGUUUCAAGUCACUGAAGUCUGCAGGUAAUCCGAGGAAACUACUCGAGACACGAGCGCCUGUCAUCACCUCAAGGGGAGGUACCCGGAAGUGUGGCGUGUGGCCACGUUGCCAAGUCCUACGAGGAACGGAAAACUACACAAUAGCCAUGGCACACUUUCAGGAAGUGUCAAAACGGUCCACUUUGCAUUCUAAACCUGCAGGCUUGGUUUUGCAGUAUGGCACUGCUGGCUUCAGGACCAACGCCAAGCAUCUGGACCACAUCAUGUUCAGGAUGGGGCUGGUGGCCACUCUGCGGUCCAAAAAAACGAAAGCAGCCAUCGGAGUCAUGGUCACCGCCUCUCACAACCCUGAGGAGGACAACGGUGUGAAGCUGAUUGAUCCCAUGGGUGAGAUGUUGACUGCAGCAUGGGAAGGCCACGCCACUCAUCUGGCCAACGUGGAGCAGCAGGAGUUACCUUCCGUGCUCGAAGACAUGAUAGAGAAAGAAAGCAUAGACAUGAGCCAGGAAGCAGUUGUGUUUGUGGGCAAAGACACCAGGAGCAGCAGUGACAGCCUCUCACAAGCAGUGCUGGAUGGAGUGCAUGCGCUGCAUGGUCACAGCAAAGAUUAUGGGUUGGUGACCACCCCACAGCUCCACUACAUGGUGCGCUGUCACAACACACAGGGGCUCUAUGGUGAGGCCACAGUUGAAGGCUACUACAGCAAACUCUGCCAGGCUUUCAUUGAGCUCACCAAGAAUACACCCAACCGCACAGAUGACCAGAAGCACCUGACUGUGGACGGCGCCAACGGCAUCGGUGCGCUGAAGGUACGCGAGAUGGAGCACCACCUCAAGAGGGAGUUGCAGGUUUCGCUCUUCAACCACGGCGAUGGACAGCUCAACCACCAGUGUGGUGCCGAUUUUGUGAAAGUGCAGCAGAAACUUCCAACAGGCAUAAAGGUGAACACGGGCGAGCGCUGCUGUUCAUUUGACGGCGACGGCGACCGCAUCGUAUAUUACUACACCAGCUCAGAUGGACGUUUCCAUCUGCUGGAUGGAGACAAGAUAGCAACGCUCAUCAGCACUUUUCUGAAAGAGCUGCUCAUCCAAGCCGGUCUGAAUUUGAAGUUAGCAGUGGUACAAACCGCGUACGCUAACGGCAGCUCGACACACUACCUGGAAGACAGCAUGAAGGUGAUCGUGAGGUGCACAAAGACUGGAGUGAAGCACCUUCAUCAUGCGGCACAGGAGUUUGACACGGGGGUGUACUUUGAGGCCAACGGCCACGGAACGGUGCUGUUCAGCAAGGCAGCUGAGGAGAAGAUAAAGCAGCUCGCUGACGACCCAAACACAGACGACACCAGGAAAAGAGCAGCUCUUCUGCUGCGGCACACCAUCAAUGUCAUUAACCAGACUGUAGGUGACGCCAUCUCUGACAUGCUGCUAAUAGAGGCUAUAUUAGCCCUGAAGGGAAUGACUGUGCAGCAGUGGGACGCCAUCUACACCGACCUGCCCAACAGGCAGCUGAAAGUCAAGGUGUCGGAACGCAGGGUGGUUGACACGGCCGACGCCGAGAGACGCGCCGUGAGCCCCGCGGGCCUGCAGGACGCCAUCGACGGCCUGGUGAAGAAAUACAGACACGCUCGCUCCUUCGUGAGGCCGUCUGGCACAGAGGAUGUCGUGAGAGUUUACGCCGAGGCCGACACUCAGGAGAGUGCUGACUCCCUUGCACAUGAAGUCAGCCUUGCAGUGUAUCGCCUCGCUGGGGGGGUGGGAGACGAACCCAAACCUUUGCACUAGACAACAAAACAACACUGUUUUGUAUUUGAAAAAGACUGGAAGCAGACAUGCUCAAACCUCGCACUGUACAUGUAAUAGUGUACUUGUAGCUUUUUGCUGAGGUGACGUUAUACCUGCCAUCAUUAUCACACUACUACGACACUACGAAAGCAUUAGAAACACAAUCAAGGGUAUUUUUAUUACAGGAAAUGUACUUUGUUGUUCUCGUUCGGUUAAUUUUGGGAACAAAUUGCUGCACACUGCUUUGGUCGUAUCCACUUGUCUCUGACAAUGUGGGCUGUGGCUUCUCCUUGGCACUAUGGUACUGCUCUGUAUUUGUUUAUACGCGUGACACAAGACACACUUCCUGGCUCUAACUCAAUGUGUGCCAUGUGGGAUAGUGGUACGCUUCUGUACUGUACCGGAAAAUCAGAUUACGAAUACAUGUACCAUUACACCGCUACAUAAUAACUGUCGUUAAUUCCUGGGUCAUUUUUACACUCCCAGUCUCCAUUAACAUUUGAUCUACUGUGUAAAUUGCCUUUUUAAUUUUGUAAAUAAUAAAACAAUCAAGUGUUUACAUCUGUUCUAACGAUUCCUGGGUGGAACUGGAAAUAAAUAAUGCAAAAAUACAUACACCAUUUGUUCUCGUUUCUUGCGUUGUCAUUUGUGUUUAUUGUAAAAUAAGUCAUCCAAACACACACACACACACGGGAGUGAAGCACGUUAGAUAGAAUAUCAGGUU